UUUUAGAUAAUGAAUUAAAUCUCAGGGGUGUUUUUGAUAUUAACUCCUUUUAAUCCUUAUACUCUUAAACCCAAAACCCUUGUCCAUUCGAGUUGCUUCGCUGCGUUUCCCCCUUUUCGAUUCCGGCGGCCAGCCUUCUCUCUCCUCCGCAGACUGCCGUCCAACGCCGAUAAAUAUUGUUGUUGAUUUUUCGAUGGGGAAAGAGAAGCUCAAAUCUUUACUCACAGCUUUCAGCCCUGAUGGUGAUUGUCUGGCAAUCUUAUCCCCUGAUGGAAGCGUGAAGGUUUGGAACACAGGCGAUGGAACUCAAAUUGGUGAGUGGAAAGAGACUAAUGAACCUUCAGGUGGUAGAAUUUCAUGCAUUGCGUGCAGUUUCAUUGGCAAGAUGCGCAGAAAACAACCAGGAACCUGCUUAAUAGCUCUAGGCACAGAUAGUGGUGAUGUUUCCGUAGUCAAUAUUUCCCUUGGUAAGGUGCAAUGGAGAUCCUCCAACCAUCAUCCUGGGGGAAUUGCUAGUAUUUCUUUCAGAAAGAAGGAGGGCAGACUUCAUGUUAUUGGAACUAGAGGAGAGGCUUCCGAAUUGAUAUUAGAAGAUGGAAAAGCUGCUAAUGCUAGCUUCAAACUUUCAAAAAAGUCUGUUUUAUCGGCUGCAUGCUUAUCUGAUGAUAAAAUUAUAGUUGGGGUUGGUCAUAAGAUCAGAGUUGUAAGUUUGCAUGACGGCGAAGAACUGGCAAAGUUUUCUACUAGUUUGGAUUCUCUGCAGUGUCUUUCAAGUUCUGAAGAUGCAACGUUCGUCGUUGCAUCUGGUGAUGCGGAGAAACGGCUCCAAGUGUGGAAGUGUGAUUUUGAGACAAGAGAUGUAAAUAGUCAGUAUCUUCCCAUGAAACAUCAUCCACUGAGAAUACAUUGCAGAAAUGGUUUGGAUGGAGAAGAUGGUUUUCUACUUCUUUCAGUUACUGAGGCAGGUGUUGUUUAUCUAUGGAACUUGAAAUCUUUCUCUGAUGAAGCAAGUCCUACUAGAAUUUCCAUUAAGGACGAUACAAAUGAGCUAGAAUCUGAUACGAAUGGAAGAGCCAAGAGGAACCGUAUAUCUGUAAUUACUGCUCGAAUACAUGCUUUAGAGCCUUCUGGACAGGUCAAAGUUCUGAUAUCAUUUGGUUCUGUUGAUAGUCCACAAUUUACAACGGUGGAUAUCAGCACCUCAGGAGAGGAUGUUGUCAUUAAUGCUGGGGAUAUCACGUCACGAGAAAAUGGGGUUCGUGCUGAAGAUGGUGCAUCAAAGCAGAACAAGAAGUCCAAAAAGAAGCGUGCUGCAUCUGAUAUGGAGACUGCGACUGAAGCAGCUUUAAUUGAUGAUGGUCGUGGAGAUCCUAAGGAUGGCAUUCAAAUUGAUGAUGAUCCGAAUGAGCCAACAAUGGGCGAGAAACUUGCCAAUCUGAGUUUGUCAGAGGCAAAGGACGUUGAGAGCCGCGAGAACUUCUCCGCUCCUGCAAAGCCUCCAAGUGCAGACUCAGUUUAUGUUUUGCUAAAGCAAGCUCUACAUGCUGAUGAUAGAGCACUGCUAACUGAUUGUUUAUUCAGACAAGAUGAGAAGGUUAUUGCGAAUUCAGUGGCAUUGUUGAAUCCCUCUGAUGUUCUCAAGCUUUUGCAGUCACUUGUAUCUAUGAUCCAGUCCAGGGGGGCUGUUUUAGCUUGUACUCUUCCAUGGCUGAGAAGCUUACUUCUUCAACAUGCAAGCGAACUAAUGUCCCAAGAGUCCUCUUUGAUCACCUUGAACACUUUAUAUCAGCUCAUUCAAUCUAGAGUUUCAACUUUCAAUCAAACUCUUAAACUAUCAAGUAGCUUGGAUUUGCUUUAUGCCGGGGCUUUAGAUAUGGGCUUGGAUGAAAAUGAAGAAACCAUUGCACCAGCUAUUUUUGAGGACAAGGAUGGAAGUGAUGAGGAAGAAUCGGCAGAAGCUAUGGAUAUUGAAAGUGGUGAAGAUGAAGAACCCGAACCUCAAAUCUUCAGUGAUAUAAGUGAUUUUGAUGAAAUGGAGUGAGUCCCAAGUUCUUUCCUGCUGCUGCCUAUGGGGCACUCUGUUUGAAUCUAUCUUCCAAAAAAUUUGGAAGAGCUCCCUCGCCCAAGAACCAUAAACAGGAACCUCCAUUGGACGAAGAAACCUGAUCGACUGAUUCUGGAAGACUCGUGCAUUGUUUUGUACCGACGUAACUAGCUGUUUUAGGUCGUUAAAGCUAGGAUAAUACCAAAGUCUGUAAUAUGUUUUGGACGAUAAACUACUCUGCAAUUACGGAAUCUUGAUUCGAGGAUCUGUUUCAGUUGACAAACGUAAUGCCGCCUAUAUUCCUUUUUUAGUGUUCACCGAUGCUAAAAUUUUAAGGGCAAGCUCUUCCUGUUUUGUUUAAUCUCGAAC